AUGUUUGUCCAAGCUGUUUUCAUAUUAGCAUUGGCUUAUUGUAGUACUUUGAUUCUCUUCAAAGAUACAUUCCAAUUGCCAUUCCAAUUCAGGGCAAGGAAAAUAGAUGCUGCUGCUGCUAAAGAAUCAAUUGAGCUGGCAUUCUUGGACUCUUGGAAUGAUUAUGUCAAAUUUGGAUGGGGCUUCGAUGUGUAUGGCCCAAUUACUGGACGUGCUGAUAACAUGCCUCGUUCUGGUGAUCCUCUAGGAUGGAUGAUCGUCGAUACGUUGGAUACAAUGAUGCUGAUGUAUAACAGCAGUGUUAACCACAAGGAUGAAUUUUUGAAAUCAAUUGAACAAGUCGAUUACUGGAUCGAACAUACUUUAAAUUAUGAUAUGGAUUCAGAGAUUAGUGUUUUUGAAACCACUAUUCGUAUGCUGGGUGGACUACUAUCUUCUUAUUACUUGGCUACUGAAUUGAAUGUAGGGUCCCCAAAAAUGUAUUUGGAUAAAGCCGUUGAUUUAGGUGAUAGAUUAUCAAUGGCCUUUGUCUGUACCGACUCUGGUAUCCCUUACUCUAGUGUCAACUUGCAUUCAGGUGAAUGUAUCAAAAAUCAUGUAGAUGAUGGUGCUUCUUCCACCGCUGAAUUUACCACUUUACAAAUGGAAUUUAAAUAUUUAUCCUUCUUAACCGGUAAUGAUACUUAUUGGAAAUUGUCAGAAAUGGUUUAUCCCCCACUAUACAAAGUAAACGAUUUAUUGGGCGACAAAUAUUUGGGUUUGGUGCCUAUUUAUACAUACCCUGACACUGCUAGAUUCAUGGGUGAAUACAUCAGAAUGGGCUCUCGUGGUGAUUCUUUCUAUGAAUAUCUGUUGAAACAGUACUUAUUGACCAAAGAAGAUUUAUAUUACAAACUUUAUAGAGCAUCUAUGAACGGUAUGAAGAGAAAAUUAGUCUCAAAAUCAAACCCAAGCGGGUUUACUUAUAUAGGUGAAAGACCUUUUGGUAUCAACAACGCAUUUGUACCAAAAAUGGAUCAUUUGGUUUGUUUCAUGGGCGGUCUUUUGGCAAUGGGUGCCACUAAUGGUCUACCAAUUACAGAAGCUCGUAACAGCAAAUUUUGGAAUAAAGAUAGAGCUGAAGAUUGGAAAUUAGCAGAAGAAUUUACUCAUACUUGUUAUCAAAUGUACGCUCAAACUGGUUCAGGUUUAGCUCCUGAAAUCGUUGUGUUCAAUGACAACACUGAGUUUUUAAAUAAUGAAGCAUCAAAUGGUAAUUGGUGGAAGUCCCCAACAGGUGAUUUCUAUAUCAAACCAUUGGAUAAACAUAACUUACAAAGACCAGAGACCGUCGAAUCAAUAAUGUUCAUGUAUCAGUUAUCUAAGGACGAAAAGUACAGAAGAUGGGGUAAAGAAAUUCUAGAUAGUUUCCUAGAACAUUCAUCUGUCAUUGAUGAAGAAACUAAACGUCCAAAAUAUGUCAGUCUCUUUAACUGUGUCGAUUUACCAACUCAGAAGAAGGAUAAUAUGGAAAGUUUCUGGCUUGCUGAGACCUUGAAAUAUUUGUAUCUAUUAUUUGAAGAUGAGGUUGAUCUUUCAAAGAUUGUUUUUAAUACAGAAGCUCACCCGCUACCUGUCUUAAAUACAUCUGACUUGAAUUCAAAAAAUUUAAAAACCGGCUGGUCCUUGUAA